AUGGCCUCGCUCCCUGUUACUAGUGCCGAAAGCAUGGGUGAUUCACCCAGUACAACACGUUAUAACAGAAGUGCUCUUUCGAAUGCCGAAAUUAUGAAAUUAUUAAAUUUUCCAAAUGAUGUAGACUGGCGGAAGACCCUACUGUUUGUCGUCGAUCCAGGAAACGGUCCUUACAACAUUGAAGACUUUGUACCUGAACUGAAGGAAAUUAUCGACUUAAAGGAUAUCAUUCACUUUGGAGUUUCUGUAGUGACUCAUGUCUUUACGAUCGGGCUUAAGAAUGAAGCUUCCGUGGAAAAUCUUUUAAAUAAAGGAACGAUAAAUGUAAAAGGUAAGCCCUGUAAUAUCAUAAGUAUAGAAAACCGGAAAAUAAUAGCCACAAUACACUGGCUCCCUCCCGAACUAUCUCACGAGCUUGUGACGAAACAUUUUAUAAACUACGGGAGAAUAGUAAAAUGCGAAUUCGUCAAAUGCAACGUCGAGGGAUUAGAGCAUAUCCUUACAAACAAACGACGGAUAUGGAUAGAGUUAAAAAGGGAUGUGAACUUAGAAUCACUACUAUACUUUAUUAAGGUCAAAGGUAUGUCAGGAGCUGUCGUAAUAGCCGGUCGUCCCCCGUUAUGCUACCGAUGUAAAAAUAAGGGCCACUUACGGAGGCAGUGUACUACGCCGAAAUGUAAAAAAUGUAACAAAUUCGGCCAUAACGACGAUAAAUGUUUGGGAGUCACUUUCGCUUCCAAGUUACAAAAUAAAACGGACUGGGCAGAAAUUAUGGACGACCUCGACAAAGAAUGUUCUGGAAGUAUCCAGAACAAAGGAAAUAGCUUAACUACUGCCGCAGGCAUUAACGAACUCCAGAUACCUCUAAACAAAGAGGUAAAUGAAGCAGAGGUAAGUGCUGCCCAGAAUCAGACAACAACAAGCAUUGAAAAGGAUGAAACAACAAACCCCCCGGCUGUACCUUACAAUAAUGAAAAUUCGUCACCGCUCCUAACAGCUAAACGGAGGAAAAAAACAAAAUUCCUUCCCAAUAUUAAUAUUACGAGAAAUACGAUAGCGGCAAAAGACCAAGAAAAUGACAUACUCACCUUACAAAAUAAAUUCGACUGCCUUAUGGAAACGAACGAAAUGGAAACAACCUUAGAGAACGAUAAAUUAGAAGAG